AUGGCUCUAUUCAAUCAACAUUUCAACGCCCACGACGCUCUAGAGGAUGUCAAAGCUUUACGUCGAAUACUUUUUUCAUCACGGCUAAAUCUUUCCUCCAGGGAUCUGUUAAAUCACUGCAAACCCAUAUCUUUCAACGAAGCUUACGACGACAAUCUUUACCUUUGUAAACGACACAAAUUAUCCGAAACAUUUGGAAGUCUUUUUAUACGACAACAGUUGUGGGAAAUCAACGAUCAGCAAAUGCAUGGUAGAAAAGAUCGCCGGCAGCGGCUUGAGUUAUGCAAACUUGAAAAACAUCUUCGACAAAUUUGA